GUACAGGUGGUAUGAACCAUAUAUAUAGUAUUGUAUUAAAUAAUUAUUUUUGUUUCCUAGAUCUGAUCAAGUUUGUAGCCCGGAUUUACAACAAAACGUACAUCUUCGGCCCAACUGAACGGUUCAAAGAGCAAACUUAACAACUGAAUCAAUCAUCCUGCAAAGUUUGUGAUGGGCCAAUAAUUAUUUAACAUUUUCUGUAAUAUCAAAGAUAUCAUAUACCCUUUGUUUGGACAGGUGUAUUUAGGAAACAAUAAAAUAGAGAUGGUAGAAUAAUUUUCUAUGAUUUGGAUGAAGGAAAAUUAAGAGAGGUUGGAAUUGAAUUUUUGUGGGACCAACUACAAAAAUAAUUAUUCUCUUAUAUGUUGAUUCAAGUUGAUGAGUCAACCUACUCAACCUCUCUUUAAUUUGUUGGAUUGAUAGACUAUGUGAGUUGGUUGAUUAGUUGAGUCACCUGAUCCGCGUCUCUUUUCUUGGCUUGUUUGGUAUCGAGGGAACUCUUUCACUACCAUCUCCCAUCUUACCCCCGAAAAUGGAAAGCAAUUUCCACGUAGAUGUUGUGGACUCCGCUAUGGAUUGCAUCGAAGCAGUCAUUAUGGAACUCACCCCCAAUAAACUCAAACUCGCUGUUGCCGUCAACACCAUGGCCACCAUAAUCGACGACCUUCUUCAGCGACCAAGCCUUCGCAAUCACACUCCAUAUUUUCCAUCUUCCGUCCCUACGCAGGCACCGAUACCAGCCGCCAUCAUAUCAACUUCGCCUCCCAUGCCGAUUCCACCUCUAUGCCCCACAAUCAUGCAACAACAUCCCACACCCUUGCCGGCUUCGCUUACCUUUGUUGUCCUGCCCCUCCUUGCUAACAACAAGCCCCACGCGUCCUCCGGCCGCCGCUGGGCAUUUCCCAAAUCCGCAAGGAGUAUCCCAUCCAUCGCAUCCUCCCCUCGGACCUCCGCUCAUUUCCCUUAGUCACGUUCGCCGCCAAGGUCAGGGACAAGGAGCUCGACCACUCCUUCCUCCUCACCUUUUACGGUACUAUCGACACUGUAAAAUGGCUCUACUUCUGCAACACUAACCUUCAUUCACUCAUUCCUUCACCCAUUUUAAUUUGGGUCUGGUUCGGAUUUUGAAGCCAUGGUUUGAAGUCCCAACACCUUGAGGACAAUGUGUUUUUGGUGGGACAGAGAAUGUUAGGAAGAAGGACUUACAGGAAGAAGAGGCAAGAAUGCUGAGCUGGCAUGAGGGUAGUGGUCGUACCAGAAAUGUUGUCUGUCAUCACUUUCAAUUAUUCCCUUUGUUCCAUUUAUCACUGCAUUUUGUUAUUUGGGUAGAA